GGGCAGUGAAAGCUAUGAAUUUGGUUCUUCCAUUGACGAUGAAUCUUACGAAGAUGAACACGUUCAAAUUGUUCAUUCUUUGCCCUUUUAUUUCAUGGAAUUGAUCGCUGCCGGUGCUUCCACAACCGUUUCAAAAACCACAGUUGCACCAUUGGAGCGAAUCAAGAUUCUUUUGCAGACAAGGGCAGAAGGGUUUCAUUCAGUUGGAGUGUAUGGAUCAUUGAAGAAGGUAAUGAAGAAUGAAGGUUUUAAGGGGCUAUACAAAGCAAACGGUGUUUGCGUUGUCCGGAUGUUACCGCAUUCGAUAUUCCAUUACAUGACAUAUGAACAAUACCGAGGUUUCCUGCUAUACAAAUGGCCUUGUGUUGGUCAAGGGCCAUUGCUGGACAUUCUAGCUGGCUCUGCAGCUAGUGCAACAGCAUUUUUGUGCACUUAUCCCUUGGAUUUGGCUCGAACCAAGUAUGCAUAUCAGGUGGUGAACCGACGCCAAAAUCUUGGUGACAGUCAUAGAUGUACCCAUUCUGGUCUUCCUGCACAUCGAAGGAUAAGAGACGUAUUCAAGGCGGUCUAUAAACAAGGCGGAAUGUCCGGGUUCUAUCGAGGUGUAGGUCCUACACUAGGGGGAAUCCUUCCUUACAAUGUUCUAAAGUUCUAUUCUAAUGAGGAGCUCAAAAAAUGGGUUCCCAAAGAAGAUCAAAGCUCCAUGGCAUUGAAUCUUUCGUGCGGAGCAUUGGCUGGCUUGGUUGGACAAACUAUAAUAUAUCCAUUGGAUGUUGUUCGGAGACAAAUGCAGGUUGACAUUCGGAACCAGAAUGGUAUAAGAUACAAAAACAGCAUUGAAACUUUUAAAUCCAUUGUCCAUGAUCAAGGAUGGAGACAAUUGUAUGCAGGUUUAUGCAUUAACUAU